AAAUAAUACCUAAUCCUUAAUUUAGUACAAUUUGUUGAUGAGCCAAACAAGGUUUGCUUGGCCACCUCUAUAUCUUUUGCCGUGUUGCCUGAAACUUUGUUGUGUAAAAUAUAUAUAAUAUGAAGAAAAUAGUUGACUUCAUGCUAUACAAACUAACUUCCAUGCAAUUAUAUAAGCCAUCACACUUCACAUUAUUUCUCCAAUUUUCACCAAAAUCACUUUUCCAAAUUUCUCAGCACUCUUUUUAUAACUUUGUACUUUUUCUAAUUGUGAAAAAUGGGGAGAUAUCCAUGUUGCAAAUUGGAGAAUGAUUUGAAGAAGGGGCCAUGGACAAGUGAAGAAGAUGAAAAAUUGGUGGAAUAUAUUCAAGAAAAUGGACAUGGAAAUUGGCAAUUAGUCCCUAAAAGAGCAGGAUUAAAUAGGUGUGGGAAAAGUUGUAGAUUAAGGUGGACUAAUUAUUUAAGGCCAGAUAUUAAAAGAGGAGCAUUCUCUAAUGAAGAAGAAGAAACAAUUAUCAACCUUCAUUCUCUUCUUGGAAACAAGUGGUCAAGAAUUGCAGCUCGUCUUCCGGGAAGAACUGAUAACGAAAUCAAGAAUUUGUGGAAUACUCAUCUCAAGAAAAAGCUUCUUAAAUCUGGAAUUGAUCCAGUAACACAUCAACCAAUAACUGAUCCAAAUUUACUUCUUAGCCUUUCUAAUUUGAUGAACCCUUUUGAAUCUGCUCUUAGGUUACAAGCAGAAUUUACUGAAAUAGCCAAAAUUCAUCUUAUUCAAAACAUAAUUCAAGUCCUAAAUACUCCCCUAGCUCCAUUAAUUCCAUCUUUACAAGAAAAUUAUCCCAUGCAACAACUGUACAAUAAUAUUCUUGCACCAUUUGACCAAAUUCUUGCUAAUGAACCCUCUCCAAUUUCGAAGAAUUUAUCGGACAAUAUGGUCGUAAAUUCGGGUAUUUUGGAGAAUAAUAUGAUUAAUAAUGGAUAUAGUAAAGUGUGUGAGGUUGAUAAUUCAGAAUAUUCAUCACUUCCAUCACUAGUUACAAUUACACCUGAAAAUUCAGUACCCUUUGAUCAGAAGAUUGAUAUAAUUAAUCCAAGUUAUGAUGAUUUUGAAGCAUUGGAAAAAAGUCUGGAUGAUGACUUCUGGAAAGAUAUUAGUAGUACAAUGCAAUUUGUGUAGAUAUAUACAGACACAUCAUUGAGCUUCUAUAUAUGUUGAUUUGUGUAGCUAAUUAAUUAAUAGUUUUCUCAACUCUUUUCUUAUAUAACUUUUAGAAGGGAAGCCCUCGACCAACGAAAAAGUUAUUUUCGUGUGGUUUAUAGGUUACAAGUGUGAAAGUAAUGAUCAAUAGGUGUGGUCAUUCUCUAUACUGCUCGUAGAAUGCUUUGUGCAUCAAACUGUGCUUUUCACUUUUCUUGUAUAAUAAAUUUUCAUCAACAUUCUCAUUUUCUUAA